AUGUGGUCAGAAAUUGUAGAAUAUUUAAAAGAUGCGUCGUUAGUGGCAAAAAUACAAAAAUGUUUUGGUGUCAAAAUACAUUUUUCGCAAACUCUGAAAGAACAUUGUAAGGAAAAUUUAUGUUCGGAAACUCAUGGUACUGAUUCGUGGAGUAUUAAAUGUAAUUCGAAUAGUUCCUUAUUAAAAUCUGAAGAACUGAAAGAAAAUGGUUAUAUUACAACAGAGAAAAAGUCUAUUAGGGUGGCAAAGACAAAUGUGUGUACAAUUGACAAACAAGAAAAACCACCAACCAUUUUUAAUUCGAAUUAUACUAUAACAAAUUAUUUUUGGUAUUAUUUAUUUUUAUUUGGAACAAAAUUAGGAGAUGAAAUAUUUUACUCUACAUUUAUACCUUUUUGGUUUUGGAAUAUUGAUGGUGCAGUAGGUAGGAGAGUUGUUCUAGUAUGGGCUAUUGUUAUGACAACAGGUCAAAUAUUAAAAGAUAUUUUAUGCUGGGCAAGACCUGCAUGUCCUCCAGCAGUUCGAUUGCAAAUAAAAUGGUCUGAAGAAUAUGGAAUGCCAUCUACUCAUGCAAUGAUUGGUAUUUCGAUUCCAUUCAGUGUAGUAUUAUAUACAAUGAAUAGAUAUAUUUAUCCUGUUUCUGUGGGUUGGAUAAUUGCUACUAUAUGGUGUACACUUGUGUGUAUGAGUAGACUCUAUUUGGGUAUGCAUACAGUGUUAGAUAUCCUAGCUGGCUUAAUGUUAGCCAUUGCAUUAAUGAUUCCAUUGAUACCUUUAGUGGAUAUCACAGAUUAUUAUAUCCUUUCAAAUAUCUGGGCUUUAGCAAUUUUAAUUGCCAUUAGUAUAGGUGUCAUAGUUUAUUAUCCAUGCAGCAAAAAGUGGACACCAACUAGGGGUGACACUACUAUGGUGGUAUCUGUUACCACAGGUGUUCAUUUAGGAGCAUGGCUUAACUAUAAUACAGAAGCUAUGAUAACUCCUACAAAAUCACCACCAUAUCACAUUAUAUGGCCAUCUUAUUCAAUGUUUGGCUGCAUGAUACUUAGAACAAUAUUGGGAUUUUGUAGCAUUCUUGUGACAAGAGUUGUUUGCAAAUUCCUCAGUUAUGGAUCAAUGUGUGCCAUGUUAAAGAUUAAUCCUAAGGACUUUACGAAAUGUCAAAAUUACUCAGAAAAUAAAAGUAAGGUUCUUGUUGAUCUAGUCUACAAAUAUGUGACUUGUUUUAUGAUAGGUGUAAAUACAGUAUAUUUCUUGCCAAAUGUGUUUACUAUGAUUGGAAUUGAGCGACCAACAUUUUACACAGAAAUAUAAAGAAU